AUGAAAACGGACUUGAAAUCAAAGCUGAUGGAAAGUUUCCAAAUGAAAGACCUAGGAGAAGCGCGUUUCAUACUGGGUAUGCAAGUACAGCGCGAUCGAGGUAAUGGUACCAUCUCAAUUGACCAGGAGCAAUACAUUAAAGAGAUCCUUCAGCGAUUUGGAAUGAUGGAUUCCAACCCAGUUUCAACUCCAGUUGACCUCAACCAGAUUAUUUCUAAAGAAAUGUGUCCAAAAAAUGCGGAAAAAACUGCAGAAAUGAAAAAUGUGCCAUAUCAAGAAGCCAUCGGGUGCAUAAUGUUCGCUGCUCAGGUUACACGUCCAGACUUAUCGUUUCCCGUUAGCUGUUUGAGCCGAUAUAACCAAAACCCUGGUAAGUCACAUUGGAAUGCCAUUAAAAGAAUUUUUCGUUAUUUAAAGGGCACCAUCAACACAAAACUGGUGUUUAACAAAAAUAGUAGCAACAAUCUCCUGGGCUACUGCGAUGCUGACUGGGCUUCGGAUACAGACGAGAGGCUAUCAACAACCGGAUACGUAUUCAAGCUGCAGGGUGCUGCAAUUUCCUGGAGCACCAAAAGGCAACCUACUGUUGCAUUGUCAACCACAGAAGCUGAGUAUAUGUAUGUCAUCAGCGACCCAAGAAGCUUUGUGGUUACAACGUCUCUUAGGUGA